CCUCUUCUCUUUGAGUGACUGGAGUAUCAAGGGCUUGACAAACGCCGAUCAUUUCAAAUGGAAAUCCAUAGCACACCUUCCUCUCCCCACAGUGGCUGAAUCAAUCACACACUUGACUUGGCAGAGCAGUGUGUAAUAAGUCCAGAGUGGAGCUAGACUGUGCUGUGUGUGUUUGUGCUCUGCUCUCCGCACAGACUGGUCCUGCACAGAGGCAAAGACAUUUCAUAUAUACAUAUAUAUAUAUAUAUACAUACAGUAUAUAUGCUGCAGAUCCUUAUUAGUUCCUCGCUUGCUGUGUUUCCAGGCAUCAUCGCCCAGCGUACCAGAAAAGGAUAAAGGUUACACCUGUUGUGCAGGAGGGUUCACAAAGUCCCUACACUGCUAAGGAUCCCAAUAUAGUGUUUCAUCCACAUGACUGAACACAGAAGCCAGGCUGUUCCUCUGCUGAAUGGGUCAUAGACAGUGAGCGCUGUCAGCCUGUACUGACAAAGGCUAUACAAUCACAGUAACCUCACAGCAUGGGAUUUCAUUAUAAACCCACUGCAAAGACCUGAGAGUGCGGAUGCUCCUGGAACACAGCCGAUGAUCCGGGACUGAGAGGUGGACGGUAAUACUACUACUGGGCGACACAGCAGGAGAUCUGUGCCAGGAUAUCUGUGGGGCUGGGUAUCUCUAUAAUGUGAGCAGAGAAAUAUUUGGGGACAUGGGGAUCUUGCUAAGAAGAUCAGUGAAGAGAGCUACCUAUUCAGUGAACGUUGGGACUCUGUUCUUAUUGCCCUGAAGAAGAGUAAGUCAUAACAAGACAAUGGAACACAUGUCUCUUCCAAUGGCAUCUCUCCUAGAACCUGAGAUAAGGGAGCCCAAUUUGACAGCAUUCAAAAAUGUCACUGGAAAUAGUACAGAGAUGGUACCUUCAAUGUCAGGGAUGAGCUCCAUCCUGAUUCCUUUUAUUUAUUUGCUGGUAUGUGCCAUCGGACUCAGUGGAAAUACCCUAGUCAUUUAUGUUGUCCUCCGUUAUGCCAAGAUGAAGACAGUCACCAACAUCUACAUCCUUAAUUUAGCAGUUGCAGAUGUUCUCUUCAUGUUGGGUCUGCCCUUUCUUGCCACUCAAAAUGCACUCUCGUAUUGGCCUUUUGGCACUUUUCUCUGCAGGCUGGUGAUGACAGUGGAUGGUAUAAACCAGUUCACCAGCAUCUUCUGCCUAACUGUGAUGAGUAUCGACCGUUAUUUGGCUGUGGUUCACCCAAUCAAGUCAACCAAAUGGAGGAGACCUCGGGUGGCGAAAUUAAUCAGUGCCACUGUUUGGACUUUUUCAUUUCUCGUUGUUCUACCAGUCAUCAUUUUUUCGGAUAUCCAGCAAGAUUUCCUCACCUGCAACAUAAACUGGCCAGAUCCGGUCAAUAUUUGGUCUACAGCUUUCAUUAUCUACACAUCUGUGUUGGGGUUCUUUGGACCACUAUUGGUGAUUUGCCUCUGCUAUCUUUUAAUUGUUAUUAAGGUGAAGUCAUCUGGUCUUCGUGUUGGAUCCACUAGGCGCAGGAGAUCGGAACGUAAAGUCACCAGAAUGGUGGUCAUCAUAGUGGCCGUCUUCGUGUUUUGCUGGCUCCCUUUCUACAUCCUCAACAUCGUAAACUUAACAUUUAUUGUGCCAAACGAACCAGCCUAUGUUGGUGUGUACUUCUUUGUGGUUGUCCUGUCCUAUGCCAACAGCUGCGCUAACCCAAUCCUAUACGGAUUUCUGUCAGACAAUUUCAAGCAGAGCUUUCAAAAGGUUCUCUGCCUUCGCAAAAGCAAUGGUAUCAAAGACGCCGACCUGACUGAAAACAGACAGGAAAAGAGCAGCCACAUUCAGGAGACCAUGCUCACAUCACGUACCUCGGAAGUAAAUGGGCAUAUGCAGACAAGUAAGGUCUGAAACACAACCUUGGAUCCUGCAGAGCCAUGUAACUAUAGACAGAGCUCUCGAGGUGAACGACUAUGGUUAAUCAUGGAUUCGAAAUGGGAGUCCCUGCACUGAGGGGGUGGGGGGUCUUGCACAAAAUCCAUAUAAAGAUGACCAUGUUUCUAUCAACGAAUCCGAUGGAGUACCAUAUAAAUGACUCUGACUGCAGUAUUUAUAGAAAAGUCAUCUCUGAUUCCUUCAAUUGAUAAUGACAUCCCCCUUUCGCAUCCAGUGCAUUACCCCUGUCCAAUAUCCCCCCCUUCUCUAGAACAAUGCGCUGAGAGAUUCACUGGCAAACAUUUGAUAGUCAGUACACGUGAGUCUAUUUGUGUCUGCAAUUACAGCUGUGAGACAAUAUGUCUUGUCCAUGGUGAGAUUAAAACACCCGUGAAGUGAAUGCAGAAUUGUAACGUACACACACAUCACAUUCCCAUACUAAUAUUAGCUAUUUAUGGCUGCAUAUAUCACUAUUCAUGCCGGAGGGACAAGUAAUCGACAAGGACAAAUGCUAUAUACUGAGAUACUGAAAGUCACCAUCAGUCUCGUCUUACACGGGAGAUCCUCCGGGAUCUCUCACCGAUUCUCUUUUCUAGAAACAAUAGAUGUUUUUUUCAACAUGAGGCACAUCUACAAAAUAUAUUCUGAUUCUGUUCUUCACAAUUUAGUUUUGAUUAUUUUUUUUUACUUUUUCUGUUCUUCACAAUAUAGUUUUGAUUUAUUUUUAUUUUUUUCACUUUUUGAACAAUAUCUCACCUUUGUGCCAUCAUGGAUAUUGCCAAUUUAUUUUCUCUUAUAAAAUAAUAUUAUAAUGCUGUCUAUGUACAGGUAUGGGACCUUUUUUUCGGAAUGCUGGGAUUUGCAGUGUAAUCAGGAGCAUCAUGCCUUGGAAUAUCAUUUGUGUCUUUCACCCCACCAGCCUCGUAUUCCCUCUGUAAAGCGCUGCGGAAUAUGUGUGCGCUAUAUAAAUAACUGGUAAUAAAGAUUAUUUCACAGCGACUAUAAGCAGUGGUAUUUGUUAUCAUAUUGUUUGUGUAUGAGGUUAUCACAGAGCAACAGCAAUUAUUUACUUAUAUUCUUUCUGCUUCAAGUUUCUUGAUAAGUUUCCAGAUAAGGGAACCCAUAUGUGUAUUAUAAGUAAAUAAAUUAAAUAAAUGGCGGAUAAGGCCAAUACUGUAUACAACUUAC